AACUAAACACACAAAAAAAUAUAUUACGAAAGCCAGGUGCACGUCUCCUGCAAGGUGGAAUUUUUCGCAUCUUUACGCGCUUCGAAAAGCAAGUUCAGCGAGGUGACGCCUACUCUGUCAUAGCCCUGUGCAGGACAAAAGCCAAACCUACCUACGUGUCACGGAGCUGCAGAUCAUGGCACUGUUUUUAGCAUGGUUGCUGAAGACUGCACUUGUGGCAGGGGUUGUUGCAAAGGCCUGGAAAGUAGGUUCUGAUAAGGUCGAUGAUAAGAGAAACGGAAACCAGUGGAAACGAGGAAAGGAAAGUGAAACGAGUCAAGAUCCUGCCGUGGAGAAUUUUCUCAGUAUUGCAAACAGCGGUGCUGUGUACAAAGGAGUUCAUCGAAGCCUGACGCAUCUUGUUGCAGUCAUCGUCAAAGAUAACUUCACAGAACAGUGUGCAGUUCUAAAAGGAACAGCACAAGUGGAAGAAGCCCAGAAAAAGGUGUUGGUGGACGUCAAGCAAGUCAAGUCCAAAGAAUUACAAACGUACCUUGAUUACUGCCAGAAACUGCACCCGUCGAUGGGAGAAAUUCUCGUAGGAAAUGGCCUAUCGUGGGGAAUAUAUCCCGGCACGAAGUGGUGCGGGGAUGGCAACAUAGCCAGCAGCCGCAGCGAUCUCGGGGAGGCCGCAGAGACGGACAAAUGCUGCAGGGCUCAUGACUUCAACGCGAGACCUAUUCCGCCGAGAGGAUCGAGACAUGGUCUCAUAAAUUACCGACAUUAUCCCAUGAUUCAGUGCGAGGUGGACGAACAGUUAUACGAAUGCCUAACAGCCGAAGGAUCACCGGCAUCCCUCGUUGUCGGCCACGAGUACUUCGACGUCCUGGCUCCCAUCUGUUAUACGGAGACUCAUCCUUACGAGUGCAAGCGGUACCAUCCGGGCACGAAGGUCCUGUGCGUGGAAUACGUCCUGAACCAACGGAAGCCGAAACGGUGGCAGAAACUCUACAACCCCAGGUUUACUAACGACUACCGGGACCUAUGACGUGGCUGGACAAGCAGACAUGUAGCGAGCCUCGUUGCGAUAAAGUGUCAUUAAAGAGCCCCGAUAUCAAA